AUGCCGGCGGUGAUCCGAGAAGAGAUGAGAGUGAAAACCAGUGGAACUGAGGACAGUAUGUUUGCCACCAAGGCUAAAGUGGGAAAAGUAAUUUCUGGGUCUUCAGCUGGGGCCACAGUAAGUAAUCCAGCCACUGGGCAGAAGGAGUCUUUCAUCUUACAAUAUCCCUCUUCAGGCCAGGAUUCUGCUGAUGAGGUCAACCUCUCAGCCCUUCGUCACAGCCCUGACUUUCAGCUGAUGGAGUCUAGUUGGGAACUGGCAGAUGAGAGACUGAGAGCCACACUGUGGAGUGACUUGACAUACUGGGACAGGUUAACUCUAUCAUGGAAGAUUAUCCUAAGUACAAUGUUCACAUCGACUUUUCUUCUUUUUGGACUUCAAAAUCAUCCACGGUUUAAAGAAAAAAGGGUUUCUCAAAAACCCAAACAAAUAUCUAGCAUAAUUGAAGAAUAUGGCACCCGGCUCUAUAAUUACCAGGCUAGACUUCGACUCCCUAAGGAGCAACUAGAACUAUUAAAGAAGGAAAGUCAGACUUUGGAGAACAAUUUUCGUGAAAUCCUGCUUUUAACUGAACAAAUAGAUGUUUUGAAGGCAUUACUUAGAGACAUGAAGGAUGGCAUACACAAUCACAGCUGGCCUGCCCACCAAGAGGCUGUGCAGAACCAGGGCACCACUGAGGUUCUCGAUGAGGAAGUGUCAAACUUGGUACAUUAUGUGCUUAAAAAGUUCAGAGGGGACCAAAUACAGAUGGCUGAUUACGCCUUGAAGUCAGCUGGAGCCUCUGUAAUUGAAGCUGGGACCUCAGAAAGUUACAAAAACAAUAAAGCAAAACUGUACUGGCAUGGGAUAGGGUUCCUCAAUUAUGAGAUGCCCCCAGAUAUGAUUCUUCAGCCAGAUGUCCACCCUGGAAAGUGCUGGGCCUUUCCAGGUUCCCAGGGUCAUAUCCUGAUCAAGCUGGCCAGGAAGAUCAUCCCGACAGCAGUCACCAUGGAGCAUAUCUCAGAGAAGGUGUCCCCCUCGGGAAACACCUCGAGUGCACCCAAGGAUUUCUCUGUCUAUGGCAUGAUGAAAAGAUGCGAAGGAGAAGAAAUGUUCCUAGGUCAGUUCAUGUAUAACAAAGCGGAAACAACCGUUCAAACAUUCAAGCUCCAGAAUGAAGCAUCUGAAUCUUUGUUAUGUGUGAAACUUCAAAUCCUUAGCAACUGGGGACAUCCAAAGUAUACUUGUUUGUACAGAUUCCGAGUCCACGGCAUCCCCAGUGAUCACACUUAG